CUGCAAUAACAAGUGGAGGGUUAACUUAAGCCCAGAAAACGGAAAAACCACAGAAUCUCUCUCAUCUCAUCCCAUCACAGUACGCUGCAACGAAACUGAUUCCCUCCAUCCACCACUGCUUUGUCUGCUUGGCUCCCAGGACUUAUUUAGGGUUUUUUCUUUCUAAUAUAUAGCUUUGCCAGCUUCCCGCACACACUUACUCCGAAGAUCCAGAAAGGUCCUUUCCCGUUUUAGAAAUGCCAGGCAAGGACGAUGGCGGCUCCGAUAAGGAGAAGAACCUGGAGCUCUUUUUGAAGGUCGGGUUGGAUGAGCGAACGGCCAAAAACACCAUCGCCAACAACAAAGUCACAGCUAAUCUCACUGCUGUCAUUCACGAGGCCGCAGUUACUGAUGGAUGCAGUCGAACUGUUGGUAAUCUCCUGUAUACGGUUGCCACGAAGCACCCAGCAAAUGCCCUUCUGCAUCGCCCAACGUUGGUGCAAUACAUUGUAUCAUCGAAGAUCAAAACUCCAGCCCAGUUAGAAGCGGCGUUUUCAUUUUUUGCAACUACAGGGCCAGAGAAUUUCAAACUAAGCGAAUUUGAGGAAGCAUGUGGUGUUGGUGUUGAAGUUUCAGUAGAAGAAAUAAAACAAACUGUUAAUGAGGUUUUUGAAGAGAAUAAGACUGCAAUUUUGGAGCAGCGCUACAGAACAAAUGUCGGUGAUUUAUUUGCACAUGUUAGGAAGAGGCAUCCAUGGGCUGAUCCAAAAAUUGUCAAGCAAUUCAUUGAUGAAAAAUUGCAUGAGUUACUUGGUGAAAGGACUGCAGCAGAUAGUGAAAAGGUUCCUAAAAAAAAGAAAGAGAAGCCUGCUAAAGUAGAGGAAAAAGCCAUUGCUGUUUCUACUCCCGAACAGCCAUCUGAAGAAGUUCUUAAUCCAUUUUUGAUAUUCCCUCAACCGGAGGAAAAUAUUAAGGUGCAUACUUCAGUUUUCUUUAGUGAUGGAUCUAUUCUGAGAUGUUGUAACACAAAGGAACUGCUUGAGAAACACUUAAGUGUGACCGGAGGGAAAGUUUUGACCCGCUUUCCUCCUGAACCAAAUGGAUAUCUGCAUAUAGGUCAUGCCAAGGUAAAUAUACUUAUGUGUUCUAGGCUAGAUUCUUUGUCUGUGGUUGUUCCUCAUAUUAUAACCGUAAUUUUUGGUCAGGCAAUGUUUAUUGACUUUGGCCUGGCAAAAGAGAGAGGUGGAGGCUGCUACCUGCGGUUUGAUGAUACAAACCCGGAAGCUGAAAAGAAAGAAUAUAUUGAUCAUAUUCAGGAAAUUGUAAAGUGGAUGGGUUGGAAGCCCUACAAGAUCACUUACACUAGUGAUUACUUUCAAGAUCUGUAUGAUUUAGCAGUGGAGCUCAUACGAAGGGGUCACGCUUAUGUUGAUCAUCAGACACCUGACGAUAUAAAGGAGUACAGGGAGAAAAAAAUGAACAGCCCUUGGAGGGACAGGCCAAUUGCAGAAUCAUUGAAACUUUUUGAGGAUAUGAGACGAGGCCUGAUUGAAGAAGGCAAAGCAACCCUUAGAAUGAAGCAAGACAUGCAGAGCGAUAAUUUUAAUAUGUAUGACCUUAUUGCAUAUCGUAUCAAGUUUACUCCUCACCCGCAUGCUGGAGACAAGUGGUGUAUCUAUCCAAGUUAUGAUUAUGCUCACUGCAUUGUGGAUUCUCUUGAGAAUAUCACACAUUCGCUGUGCACACUUGAAUUUGAAACACGCCGUGCUUCAUACUACUGGUUAUUGCACGCACUUGGAAUUUAUCAACCAUAUGUAUGGGAAUACUCACGACUGAAUAUCAGUAACACCGUUAUGUCAAAGCGUAAGUUAAAUCGACUGGUGACAGAGAAGUGGGUUGAUGGUUGGGAUGACCCACGUCUUAUGACACUGGCUGGUUUACGACGUAGGGGUGUAACAUCUACUGCAAUAAAUGCUUUUGUUAGAGGAAUUGGAAUCACUAGAAGUGAUUGUAGUAUGAUACAUUUAAGUCGCCUCGAGUAUCACAUAAGAGAGGAACUAAAUAAAACAGCUCCUCGCUCAAUAGCUGUGCUACAUCCCCUCAAGGUGGUUAUUACUAACCUGGAAGCUAAAACUACAAUGGAUCUAGAAGCAAGGAAAUGGCCUGAUGCUCAGACAGAUGAUGCAUCUGCUUUCUACAAGGUCCCCUUUUCCAAUACUGUUUAUAUUGAGAGGUCUGAUUUUCGGCUUAAAGAUUCAAAAGAUUACUUUGGGCUUGCUCCAGGAAAAUCAGUCCUACUCAGGUAUGCGUUCCCUAUUAAGUGCACAGAUGUCAUAUUAGCUGAUGAUAAGGAAACUGUUCUUGAGAUACGGGCUGAGUAUGAUCCUACAAAGAAGACAAAGCCAAAGGGGGUGCUUCAUUGGGUUGCUGAACCUUCCCCAGGAGUUGAUCCACUCAAAGUGGAAAUCAGAUUGUUUGACAGACUGUUCCUUUCAGAGAAUCCUGCUGAGCUCGAUGAUUGGCUUGCUGAUCUGAACCCACAAUCCAAAGUGGUAAUACCCGAUGCAUAUGCUGUGCCCUCACUUCGGGGUGCUGUUGUUGGGGACACAUUUCAGUUUGAAAGGCUUGGCUAUUUUUCAGUCGAUAAAGAUUCGACUCCUGAAAAACUUGUGUUUAAUCGUACCGUGACACUGCGAGAUAGCUAUCAUAAGGGUGGGAAGUAGGGGUGUUAGUCGUGGAAAUCAGAGUGGAGAGGAAUGUGGGAAGUGGUUUUUGGCAGCAAGAAGUAACGUGUUUUGAAUAUUUGUGGUAUACAGUUGACAUCGUUUUGAACCAACCAAUUAUAUUUUGUGUAUAUUGAACCAAUUAUACGACAAAUUCAUAUAUACAGUCGGUCGAGAUGGUUUUCAUGGAA